CUUGAUUUGUGAACCGGAAGUCAGCCUCAGGUGCCGCAGGAAGCUUUCAGCCUUGUCCGAAUAAAAAGAAGAUAACAGAUUUUAUCAGCAGCUAUCCUAGUUUUGUUACAAAGCAUUACUCCUGUAAGCUUUUGUGUUCGGCUAAAAUGAGCGCUGUUGUACCCAACCAUCGAAGGACCAAACCUGGUGGCAUCAAGCCAGGUGCUGCUAACAGCGGUGUGACCGGACCAACUUCCCAGAUUCCUGGUCUGUGUCAGACCGCCAACGAAAUCAGUACACAGGUGGAAAGGAUCAGCGGGCGGCGAGUGGGAAUAUUUGAGAGCGACUCUGACUAUGUGAAGCUGGCGAAGCAGGGUGGUCACAAAGGGCUCCUGAGUCAUGAUGUGGAUGUGGACGACAAACCGAAGAAACCGUACAUCCCACCCAACUUGUUUGGAGGUGACGAGUCAAAGAGUGGAAGUAAAGCAACGUCUCCGGACAGCCAGAUGAAGGCUGGCAGGCAGCCUCUCGCUGCUCCGUUUGGCACUGAUAACGGCACACCCUGGGAGAGAGAGGCUGAUGGUGUCUCCCAGGAUAAGGAGAUGAUGUCUCCAGAUUCUGCUGCCCACCAGAUGGAGGGGCUGUCAUUAACCAAUAAGUACAAGAGAAUAUCCUACGACAAAAAGGCUCCUCCAGUCAGCAUGUCCAAGCUGCUCAGUCAUGGCUACGUAGAGGAGAAGAAGAAAUCUCCCAAUGAUGACGAUGCCUCAAGCGUGACCUCAGAACAGACCAGCACCAACAUGACUGAGGACCUGGACGAUCUGGAGUAGUGCGCUGAAGUCCACAGGAAAAAUAAACCGUGGGAGUUUCCUCCCACCAUUCCCCUUUGGGUUCACUUACAUUUACUGUACAUCCACUGACUGUUAGGUUUUUGUACUCAUGUUUAUGCAAAUAUGCUGUCCUCCUUAUUUAUUUGCUUCACUUUGUUUCCAGGAAAAAAAAAACGUGAAGAUGGUGGUUUGUGUGUAGAUUUGUCAGUGUUGGUUGUGUUUUUCUUUCAGUAUUCCUCGAUUUGAAAGACAAAGUCAUACAGGGCUGGAAACUAACAGCUGCUGCUUUGUUUACAGUUUUCCUUUCUUUGUUUGUGCUGCUGUUAGUUUCCCUCCCUGGUUGUAUGAAGAUCGAGUUGGUGAAGUCGUAAUGUUUGUGCGAAUAAGUAGUGGUUUCUAGUGAUGUGAAAUACAGUUUGUUUUGACAAAGGAAACCUGACGUUAGAAGGGAUGUGAAAGGUAUUUGUGUUUUUGUUGGUGGAUUAGAUGAUUUGGAUGGUCAGAGCUACUGUGGUGAAAAGUAGCUGAAAUAUUAUUUUUUUUAACAUGCAAAAGGUUACACUAUUAACUCUCACUGCUGAGCUGCAUUUAUAGUUUACCUGCCAAAUUAAAAGCUAAACAAACGUAACAAAUCACACAAAGCUGAGUAAACUCUGCCAGCAAUAGUGCCAAGCUUUCCUGUCGCUGUUAAAAACCUGAUUUCAUUCCACACAUAAUAAAAAGUGGCUUUCCUCUAAACUGAAAA